AUUUGCAUGGCCAAGCUUCUCCAAACCAAGAGCCAAUAAUCCUAAGGCACUAGACGCCACUCAGUUGAGCCACGUGUAGCUGCAGUGUCACAUCUCCUCUAUAAAUACAGUGCAUCGGAGCAAGUUGCAGGAGCAGUACAAGCCUAGGAUUGAGAACUGAGAGAUAGUGCUACACCUUAAUCUUUAUCUCCUCGCCAGUCUUUGUUUGGUUCCAUAGAAAAUCUAAUUUUCUCGGGGAAGAAGAACAAAAAACAGAGAUUGAGAAAAUGUUCAUCGAGAGCUUUAAGGUAGAGUCCCCUAAUGUAAAGUACACAGAGAAUGAGAUUCAUUCCGUGUACAGCUACGAGACCACUGAGCUUGUCCAUGAGGACAGGAAGGGCACAUACCAAUGGAUUGUCAAGCCCAAGACUGUCAAAUAUGAAUUCAAGACUGAUAUCCAUGUCCCCAAACUAGGGGUAAUGCUUGUGGGCUGGGGUGGAAACAAUGGCUCAACCCUCACUGCUGGUGUCAUAGCAAACAGAGAAGGAAUCUCCUGGGCAACCAAGGACAAGGUGCAACAAGCCAAUUACUUUGGCUCACUGACCCAAGCCUCAUCCAUCCGUGUUGGGUCUUUCAAUGGAGAAGAGAUCUAUGCCCCAUUUAAGAGCCUGCUUCCUAUGGUUAACCCAGAUGACAUUGUGUUUGGGGGUUGGGAUAUAAGUGAUAUGAACCUAGCAGAUGCUAUGGCUAGGGCCAGGGUCCUGGACAUUGAUCUGCAAAAGCAACUGAGGCCAUACAUGGAGUCCAUGCUCCCACUCCCUGGAAUCUAUGACCCUGAUUUCAUUGCUGCUAACCAAGGUGCACGUGCCAACAAAGUGAUCAAGGGGACCAAGAAGGAACAAGUCCAACAAAUCAUCAAAGACAUUAGAGAGUUUAAGGAGCAGAACAAAGUGGACAAGGUGGUUGUGCUGUGGACUGCCAACACUGAGAGGUACAGUAAUGUGGCUGUGGGGUUAAACGACACCGUGGAGAACCUUUUGGGUUCGGUGGACAAGAAUGAAGCUGAGAUUUCUCCUUCCACCUUGUAUGCCAUAGCUUGUGUUCUUGAAAACGUUCCUUUCAUCAAUGGAAGCCCGCAAAACACUUUUGUCCCAGGGCUGAUUGAUUUGGCAGUAAGGAGAAACUGUUUGAUUGGUGGGGAUGAUUUUAAGAGUGGUCAGACCAAGAUUAAAUCAGUUUUGGUUGAUUUCCUUGUUGGGGCUGGCAUCAAGCCAACAUCCAUAGUGAGCUAUAACCAUCUUGGAAACAAUGAUGGCAUGAAUCUUUCAGCCCCACAAACCUUCAGGUCCAAAGAGAUUUCAAAGAGCAAUGUUGUGGAUGACAUGGUCUCUAGCAAUGGCAUCCUCUAUGAGCCUGGUGAACACCCUGACCAUGUUGUGGUCAUCAAGUACGUGCCAUAUGUGGCAGAUAGCAAGAGAGCCAUGGAUGAGUACACUUCUGAGAUUUUCUUGGGUGGGAAAAACACCAUUGUGAUGCACAACACCUGUGAAGACUCCCUCUUGGCUGCUCCUAUCAUCCUUGAUUUGGUUCUCCUGGCUGAGCUCAGCACUCGCAUCCAGCUCAAAUCUGAAGCAGAGGUAUGUUUGAUUUUGUAACAAUA